AUGCGUAAUACCAAAAUCUUGGCUGGUUCAUCUCAUCCUGAACUUGCAGAACUUGUCAGCAAACGUCUCAACACGCCACUUUCUGAUUGUACUUUGAGAAAGUUCAGCAACAAAGAAACCAACGUCGAGAUUCGCUCAAAUAUGAUGAAUGAUAACAUUAUUGAACUCUGUAUUAUGAUUCAAGCUGCUCGUAUUGGUUCAGCCAAGCGUAUUACUGCUGUUUUACCAUACUUCCCCUAUUGUAAACAAAGCAAACGCAAAGGAAGAACUAGUAUUACUGCUAAACUUAUUGCUAAUAUGUUGGCUGUUGCUGGUGUCGACCAUAUCAUUACUAUGGAUCUUCAUGCUUCUCAAAUGCAAGGUUUCUUCCAACGUCCUGUUGAUAACCUGUACGCUGAACCAGUCAUUGCUCGUUGGAUUACGCAAACUGUUCCCAAUUGGCAAAAUGGUGUUGUCGUAUCAAAGAAUGCUGGCGGUGCUAAGAGAGUCACUUCUCUUGCCGAUGCUCUUCGUUUAGAUUUUGCUUUGAUCCAUAAGGAUCGCUCACGUAUGGGUCCUCAAGGACAAAACCGUCCUUACAGUGGCAUGCCUAAAUCAGGUGAAGGUGAGCCACGUGUGCGUGUUUACGAAGAAGAAGAAAUUAUUGAGAAGGGAAAAGACGACAAUGAAGAAGACAAUGGCAACAAUAAGGAAGAUUUGACAGCUUCAAUUUCUUCAUUAAAUGAGUCUACCGGCGUUAACGGGGAUGUUAUUAAUGCAGCCGUUACUGUUGUUACAGAUAAGGAUGGAGAAAGUACGAUUACAUUGGUUGGCGAUGUGAGAGGCAAGGUUGCCUUUUUGACAGACGAUAUCAUCGACAGUGUUGGUACAUUUUUGGAUGCUGCCGAACAUUUAAUCACAAAAUGUGGAGCAGAUAAAGUAUAUAUCAUUGCCACUCAUGGUGUUUUAAGUGGUGAUGCUAUUCAAAAAAUUGAAGCAUGCGAUAGCGUACAUAAGUUGGUUGUUACCAAUACCUUUCCUAUUCCUAAAGAGAAGAUGGCCGAAUCCUCCAAGUUGGUAGUUAUUGACAUCUCAAAUACAUUAGCUGAAGCUAUUAGAAGAACUCACAACGGCGAAAGUGUCAGUUACCUUUUCAAUCAUGCAGAGUAA